AUGUUCCUGCGAGCGAUCGGACGGCCAUUAAUGGCCAAGGUGAAGCAGACGACGGGGAUCGUAGGGCUGGACGUGGUCCCCAGUGCCAGGGAGGUCCUAAUCGAGCUAUACUCCAAAACCCUAAAGGAGAUCCAGGCCGUUCCCGAGGACGAAGGGUACCGUAAGGCCGUCGAGAGCUUCACACGGCAGCGUCUCAAGGUCUGCCGCGAAGAGGAGGACUGGGAAGCGAUCGAGAAGAAGCUUGGCUGUGGCCAAGUCGAGGAGCUCAUCGAGGAGGCACGUGACGAGCUCACCCUCAUCGGCAAGAUGAUCGAGUGGGAUCCAUGGGGUGUUCCUGAUGAUUAUGAAUGCGAGGUGAUCGAGAAUGACGCGCCUGUUCCCAAACACGUUCCUCUGCACCGACCUGGCCCUCUUCCCGAAGAGUUCUACAAGACGCUGGAGGGUCUUACUACAAACCAAGCAAAGUUGGAUGAGGCUAAAGCCACCUCUAUCGGGUCCGAAUCAAAGGAGUAA